GAGGAGGGGUGGUUGUUUAUUUGGCAGGCAGAAGAUUUCAUUGAAAGUAAAUAUGCUGAAUCGAAAGAGUUGCUGAUUCAUUCUUCUUCUGGCUCAGAUUUCGCAGUAAGCAACUCCCCCAAUCCGAUCUCAACUCUUUGGGGGUUGUUGUUGUUCGUUCGUGUUAUUGGGGGCAUUUGUCAUCAUCGGCCAUUAUUCGAAGUUUCCAGCACAACAGAACAAACAAGUGCUUCUGCCUGUUUGAUUUCUGUAUGGUAUAGGAAUCCCGGGGUAAAAUGAUUCUUUCCAUGUCGCCGUCAACGGUAACUAAGAGCUCUCUCGAGGAAAUGCUGGAAGCGCUUCGCCGGAGGGAUCAUGACAACGAAAAGUCCAAGGAUCUGCCACCGCCGCUGCCUGUUCGUCCGCCUUCCAAGGCUCGCCGUCCAGCUUCGCGGUGCCAACUGCCGAUGGCUUUGGAGCUCGCCGCUGCUACCGCCUCAUCCUCGCCGGCGAACUACUUGACUAGUCUUACUACCAACUCAGAGUCUACAAGACCACCCAAAAUUGGUAAUUUUGGGGGCGAAAAUGACGAAGCGUUACUCGACGAGUCACCAUGUGUUAUGGUGAUGGAGGAGAGGAUGGGACAAAGCUCAGAGGAAUCGCCGGAUGAAACUCCGCCGACGGAGGACACUCCUUUGCUGCCAGAGUUUCAGGAAUCUCAGUGGGAGAACCACUUCAUUAAUCAGAAUCUGCGGGUAUGGUGUCCGCUUCCAAAUGGGCAGUGGGAGUUGGGGAAGAUAUCAUCAACUUCAGGAGGGAAGGCAAACAUUUCGCUCUUAGAUGAAACUGUUGUGGAGGUGUCGACAACAAAGUUAUCACCUGCAAAUCCAGAUAUCCUAGAAGGUGUGGACGAUCUUGUGCAGCUCUGUUAUGUGAACGAGGCAUCAGUAUUACACAACCUUCAUAGCAGAUAUUCCAAUGAUAUUAUCUAUAACAAAGCAGGUCUUGUUUUGAUAGCAAUGAAUCCCUUCAAACAUAUUGACUGCUAUGGAGAUGAUUUCAUAAUAGCUUAUAAGGAUAAGAUUUUUGACAAACCACACAUUUAUGCUACCACAGAUACAGCUUACCGUGAAAUGAUGAGAGACAAAAUCAAUCAAUCAAUUAUCAUAAGUGGGGAAAGUGGGGCUGGGAAAACGGAAACUGCAAAAGUUGCCAUGCAAUACUUGGCAGCUGUUGGCGGUGGCAAUUGCGGGAUGGAAUCUGAAAUUAUACUGACGACGAGCUGUAUCUUGGAAGCAUUUGGGAAUGCGAAAACAUUGAGGAAUAACAACUCCAGCAGAUUUGGAAAGUUGACCGAAAUACAUUUUAGCGACACUGGAAAGAUAUGUGGAGCUGAGAUCCAGACAUUUUUGCUUGACAAGUCAAGGGUUGUUCAGCUUGCUCGUGGAGAAAGGUCAUACCACAUCUUUUACCAACUGUGUUCUUGUACCUCGUCCAGUCUCAAAGCUCAACUGAACCUCAAAACCGCAAGGGAGUACAACUAUCUCAAUCAGAGUGGGUGCAUGGAAAUUGAUGAUGUCAAUGAUGCUCAGAAUUUUCAGAUGCUUGUGGAAGCACUAGAUACUCUUAAAAUAUCCAAAGAAGAUCAAAACCAUGCGUUCAAAAUGAUUGCCGCAAUAUUAUGGCUUGGGAACAUAUCAUUUCAAGUGACUGAUAGUCGAGAUCAUGUAGAAGUGGUAGCUGAUGAAGCCAUUACCACGUCUGCUAAACUGAUGGGCUGCAGUAUCAGUGACCUCAUGGUAGCUUUAUCUACCUACAAAAGUCAUGAGAGGAAGGAUAAAAGUGUUGAGAAAAAAUUAACAAAGCAGCAGGCAAUUGAAACAAGAGAUGCUCUAGCAAAAUUCGUAUAUGCAAGCUUGUUUGACUGGCUUGUUGAAACGAUCAAUAGUUCUCUUAAAUUGGGAAAACAGUACACGUGGAGAUCCAUAUGCAUCCUAGAUAUGUGUGAUUUUGAAUUAUUCAAGGAAUAUGAAUUGGAUGGAACUGAUUGGAUGCAUGAAGUAGAAGAUUGCAAUGAUUGUCAAGAAUGUCUGAAGCUCUUUGAGAAGAAACCAAUUGACCUAUUAUCUAUGGUGGAUGAGGAAUCAAAAUUGGCCAAAGCUAUUCAUCUUUCAUUUACCACCAAGCUUAAACAACAACUAGAAAGCCUUCCUCACUUCACAGGAGAAAGAGAUCAGGAAGUCAUGAUUCGCCAUUAUCCUGGAGAGGAGGGGAUAUGUGACAAAAACGGAUUGAUGGAGAAGAAUAAAGAUUCACUACACAGUAGUAAUAUCCUCCAGCUGUUCAUAUCAAGCAGAAAGCAGCUCCUUAACCAUCACCAGGAACCAGCUAGAUCCUUAACCCACAAGCAAAGUGUUGGAAUGAAACUGAAGUGUGGAUUGUUCAAGAUAAUACAAAAGUUGGAGAGCUCCACUUCACACAUCAUUUGUUGCAUAAAACCAAAUAAUAAGCAACUGUCUGGCAUCUUUGAAAAGGAUCUUGUCCUAAAGCAACUAAGAUGUGGUGGAGUUCUGGAGUUUGUUCGCAUCUCAAAGUCGGGAUAUCCUUUUCAACUCACGCAUCAAGAAUUUGCAAGAAGGUACGGGUUUAUACUUCAUGAGGAAGACACUGCUUUUGAAGAAGAUCCAUUGAGCACAUCAGUUGCCAUUUUACAGCGUUUUGAUGUUUUGCCUUGCAUGUACCAAGUUAGCAGUACACAACUAUAUUUCAGAACAGGGCAGAUAACUGCAUUAGAAAAAACGAAGAAACAAGUUUUGCAAGGCACAUGUAAAUUGCGGAAGCAGCUUCGUAGUCCUUGGAUUCAUCAUAGCUUCGGUGAACUCAGAGAAGGGGUAAUAACAAUGCAAUCAUUUAUUCGUGCAGAAAAUGCUAGAGCAAAGUUCAAUUCAUUUAGAAAAUCAAGAAAGGACUCUUGCAAGAUACCAUCCGAGCAUCAGCUCGGGGCGACUAUUUUACUACAAUCUGUUACUCGUGGGUGGUUGGCUCGAAGGCAUGUUAGCAACAUGAAAGAGAACAACGAUCGUGCUCAUAAGAAACAAAAGCAACAUAGGACUUCAGAGGAUGAGAGGCCGGAAGAGGAGUUUAUUCAGGUGCUCCCUUCCGUUCUAGAAGAUCUUGAAGCACGGGUUUCGGAGGCAGGAAAAAUAGCAGAGCAGAAAGAGUGUGAAAAUGUGGCAUUAAGGAAGCAAUUCCAGCAAUCUGAAGCCAAAUGGUUGGAGUACAAGGCAAAGAUCAAAUUAAUGGAGGAGACUUGGAAAAGGAAGAUGGUCUCCAUGCAGGUCAGCCUUGAUGCAGCGAAGAAGGCACGUGUUGGCGAGAAAACUGCCAAGCAGACUGGAAGUAGAGAUGGUUAUAUGUCGCCACCAAACAACACUGAGGACGGCGGUUGUUCGUUGAAUGGGUCUCAAAGUAGAUGUACAAUAAAUGCACCGGUUAAAUUUUCCAGCAUUCUGAGGCUAGAAACAAACUGUGGAGUGAGCAGCACCGUGAGUCACUUGUCAAAAGAGUUUGAGCAAAGGAAACAGAAUUUCAACGAUGAAGCAAAGGCCGUGACAAAUAUGAUUGUGCAGUCUCAUCAUCCUGACGUUGAAGAAGUACAGAAACUGAAAAUGAAGUUUGAGACGUGGAAGAAAGAGUACAAGAAUAGGUUAAGAGAGAUGAAAAGAAAACUCAUAAAGUCUGAUAUGGGAAGUUGCAAGAAGAAGUGGUGGGGAUGGAGCAACAAAUGAUAUCUUUUUUUUAUAUAUAUAUUCUGUUAGUGAUUGAUGGAAGAAAGGAUGAAGAACAAGAAGAGGCAGUCCAAUUCCCUAUCAUUAUUAUUAUUAUUAUUACAAAUAUUGUUGUUGUUGUAGUAAUCCAUCACACAUAACAUCCCUGUCUGUUGUUGUUAAUGUUCAAUGAAGAAGAAUCCUACUUCUUUAA